ACGGAAUGGGAAGACACUGGGCCACGAUAAAUGAUCACGACAGAUUUGAAACCAACAAGUACUUUUUCAUGGCGCAGGUCACGUACAAGGCCACCAUCAACCUCGUCAAGUGCUGCAUCCUGCUUCUCUACCUGCGCCUGUUUUUCAUUGUCCACUGGUUCCGCUGGUCGUGCUGGGCGCUCCUCACCAUCGUCGCCAUGUACUGCGUGGCCUCGAUCCUGGUCACCAUCUUCCAGUGCCGGCCCAUGAUCCGCGCCUUCGACAAGUCCACGCCGGGUACCUGCAUCGACACGGCCAAGUUCUGGUUCGCCAACGCGGGCUUCUCCAUCGCCACCGACAUCAUCAUCCUCCUGCUGCCGAUGCCCCUGAUCUGGAAGCUCGGGGCGCCCAGAGCCCAAAAGAUCGCCCUCAUGGCCGUCUUCGCCAUCGGCAUCUUUGCCGUCGUCACCUCGUGCCUGCGCGUCACGACGCUCGACAUCUUCGCCACGAGCCCCGACAACACGUACAACAUCGACAACGUCAUGUGGACCAUUGUCGAGCCCAACGUCGCCAUCGUCUGCUCGUGCCUGCCGAUCCUCCGUCCCUUGGCGGUCAAGCUCAUCCCGGGGCUCGGCAGCAAGCACUACGGCAGCUACGGCAGCUACGGCGCCCCGGGCUACGGCACCGGCCGGUCGCGCACCAACAACACGCAGCGGAGCCAGAGCCGGCCCGACGGCGCCGACGCCCGCCACGACUGGAUGGAGCUCGGCGGAGUCAAGUCCCAGGGCGAGAACCUCGCCACCAUACGCCGGCCCAGCUCCCACACGGGCAGCGAGGAGACCAUCCUGCGGGGCACCCCGGCACCGCCAAAGGAUCCGAACAUAACGGGGAUCCAAAAGACGGUCGAGUACAGCAUCCAGUACUCCAAGGAGCGAGAUUGAGCUCAAAGACGGCGGCGGCGGCCUGGCGGACAAAGGUGUUUUUUUUUUUGUUUUUUUUAUCGUUCGUAUGUGCCACCACCUUUGAGGGAAUGGGAGGGCGUUUGGGUAGGAAUUGGUAUGGUUGUGUCAUGAAGGGUUUAAAGAGGGAAAUGAAGAAGGCUAUGUAAGGAAUCCAGAUCACGUCUCUCUAAGAAGAUAAUAUGGCGAAGGAUAGACGGGCCGGGUAUUCCGUGUAUCAUUAUCUAUGACAUGCACUCGCGGCAUUGUUGGCGUGCUGUCGCCGCUACCUGUUUUCGGGUCCGUCGCAGUGCAAACCUGCGGUCGUUUACUGAUGGAUGAUGUGUUUCCCCCCUCCG